ACAGAGCAGAUAAAGAAGAAUGAUUUUAUUGCUUCUUGUGGUAAUCUUUGUAGAUUUUAAUCCUACUUGUAAGCAAGUGAAUGACAAACCCCUCAUUGAUUUAUCCAGUAGGAUGAUCAAACCUUGCCAAGCAGGAGUAAUGUGGACUCCAAUCCUGCAGCCCUCACUCAGAACAGUGAGCCUUGCUCGUGCAAAAAUAGUCUCACUUCCUUCAUUAGCACAGGUGCUAAUGAGAGCCAAGUGAGUAAAAGGUAUUGGUAUUUCUUCUCCUGCUGUAAAUAAGCACUGAUUACACGCAGUUCCUCUUAACGUGCUGUAUUCCAUGUAACACAAAAGGAAUUUGGUCUAUAUAACAUGCUGAAAUUCAUUCUAAGGCCUCACUUACCCUACCUUGCAAAGCCUGUUGCUGUCUGACGCUGGGCAGACUGUCCUUCAGGCUUGGUCUCACCAUAAGAAGCUUCUGGAAUCACUUGAUUAAUUUGGCAUGCUUGUAGCACCUGGCAUUACAGCAUGAGAGUAUGGUGACAGCCAAGAUAUGAUUUCAAAACACACCUCUGGCCUGAGAAAUGUCUUCUAAAACCUGUGCUUCACUGUUCCCAGGGUGAAAUUCACAACCAUUAAAAAGUGGUGGGAUUCUCUUUGCCAUCAGUGAAAAGGAGAACAAGCAGGAAGGCAAAAUUUUAAGUUGAUAGUUGGCAUAAAAGCAUUUUUCUCUAUCUAGGUCAAAUCACUGCCUGAAAUUGAUGACAGCACUGUAGAUCUUGAAAAAAGCAUAGAAAAUGAAAAGUAAGAGACUCUAUUCACAUAGAAACAGAAACAGAUGCUUUCAGAGCAAAUUGGCUUCCACUCAAUUUUCAUAUGUGCCAUUUCAGGAGUUCACAUUUACAGCUACAGCCUCUUGACUUCUCCUUCCCAGACUCACUUCUCCUGCCCAGAAGGGUCCAAAUGCUCAGCUCUGAAUUGCACAUUGCCUUCCAUGGGGUGGGGAAUUCUCCCAGCUCCAUUUCUUCCCCAUGACUUUAUGAAUUUCCUCUUUAUGGUCCUACUGCACUUGAUCUCACAGUUAAUUCUGUGCUGUGGAUUUUCUUGCUUUGUUUUUUUUUGAUGGAGAUACUGUUGAACACCCAUUUGUCCCUCACUAAACUAAAAAUAGUCAACGUCAAACUAAUUUGAGGGUCUGAGAGGAAAAGCUCAUUUUUGACAUGCUGGCACACGAAAAAUUAAAAGAUAACUAAACUCAGGGUCCUUACACAAACCAACCCCUAUUUAGGUCAUGGUCCUCAUCUGAAGUGAUGCUCUAGGAAUGCUGUCUGCCAGCAGCUGAAAGCACUAAUGUUCAAUGGUUUUAAUUUACUCACCUGUGACAGGUAGUUAUCCAUUAGCUGCUGUUUGGGUGACUAAGACAGCACAGUUGAUCUUAAGGGAGAAGAAACAGUUGUCAGUGUUUACCAAGAGAUGAAGGAUGAAGAACUCUAUGAAGAUUUCCAGAGAACCACAGUAACUGAGGAGGACACAAAUAGAUCCAAUGAUUCCUGCAGCUUUGAACUUGUGGAAAGCGUUCCUUACGACUUAGCUUUUGAGAUAAAUAGCACUGCAGCCAAACCCUUGUACCGCGCCUGGAUGAACCUCCUUGAUAUAGCCCAGGAAGAAAUCCAUGUGGCUUCUUACUACUGGUCCCUUACUGGGAAAGACAUCAGUGUUAAUGACUCAUCUUCAAAGCAGGGUGAAGAAAUUCUGAAGAGAUUUGAGAAAUUACUUGCAGAGAAUGUCUCCCUGUACAUUGCAGCAAGUAUGCCAACUUUGGCUAUGAAUUCAACUGACCUUGAGCUUUUAGAGAAAAAAGGAGCUCAUAUAAAAAAAAUUGACUUUGGACGUUUGACAGGAGGAGUAUUGCACAGCAAGUUCUGGAUCAUAGAUAUGAAACACAUAUAUAUUGGUAGUGCAAAUAUGGACUGGAGAUCUUUAUCUCAGGUGAAAGAGUUUGGUGCUGUGAUAUACAACUGCAGCUGCUUAGCCACAGAUCUCUGGAAGACAUUUAAAACUUACUGGGAUCUUGGACAUGCUAGUGCUACCAUCCCAUCUCCUUGGCCUCAAAACUAUUCUACCCACAUUAACAACUCUCGGCCUCUGGAAGUAGAAUUUAAUGGAACCUUGACAAAAGUCUAUUUUUCUGCUUCUCCUCCUGCAUUUUGUCCAGAAGGUCGCACCCAUGACCUCUUCGCUAUUAUCAGUGUUAUCAGCGCGGCACAUAAAUUUGUCUAUAUUUCUGUUAUGGACUAUUUCCCUACCAGCCGUUUUGUUCACCCAGAAAGAUACUGGCCAGCCAUUGACAAUGCUCUGAGACGUGUGGCUUUCAACUAUAGAGUACAAAUCCGGCUUCUGGUCAGCUGCUGGACCCACACCGACCCAUCCAUGCUCCACUACCUGAGGUCCCUGCGUGCUCUCAACAACCCUCACACCCACUUGAGUGUCAGCGUGAAACUCUUCAUUGUUCCGGUUUUGAAUCACACAAAUAUUCCUCAUGGGAGAGUGAAUCACAACAAAUUUAUGGUCACAGAUAAAGCAGCCUAUAUUGGGACUUCCAAUUGGUCAGAAGAUUACUUCACUAACACAGCCGGCGUGGGACUAAUUAUCAAGCAGAGUUCAACCAACCUGCAGAGGAGGCAACAGCCUGUCCAGGAACAAUUAAAAAGCAUUUUUGAGCGAGACUGGAAUUCCAAAUAUUCAGUGAAUGUGGAGGAUGUGCAAGGUCAGAAAGACUGCAACUGGAGAGACAGACUCUGAUGUGAACAGGAGAAUACAUUUUUUUAGAAAGAAAUACAUAUCUGGAUGUUGUUCCUGUGCAAAAAGAGCAGCUUUCUGCUUUAUGGCUUUUAUCAGAGAAAUUUCUUCCUGGUGGUGUCCACACUGCCUGACAAUGUGGGAACUUCUAGUAGUUGAGCCUUCCUACUCCUCAGCCAGUGUGUGAUGUUUCCUUUGCUGUGUACCAUUAGCCCAUCUCAGAGUUAAUGAAAUGCAUACAGUGUUGUAGCACAGUCUGCCUGAUAUUAAAGAAAACACGGAAGGUAUGAUCAGAUCUGAAUACACUAGAGAAGUGCAUCACUAUUGCUGCACUGUGCUUAUCUUGGGAUGCCAUAUAUUCAACCAUAAUGUUCUACUAAUGCUGUUUGCUUGUGUGUUAAACAUUUUUCAAAUAAAGUCCUGGUCACUGUAAGAUUUGAAUAAUCGCAACAACAAGGUCAGAUUUUUAAAAGCAUCUAGGCACUUGUGGCACAAGGAAUGUGUUUAGAUUCAGCAUUUAUAAUCAGGCUGGAUGGGGCUCUGAGCACCUGCUGGAGCUGUAGGUGUCCUUGUUCACUGCAGGGGGGUUGGACUAGGUAGCCCUUAAUUCAAAUGAUUCUAUCACUGCUCUUCACCAGUUGUACUUCACAGGUUUAUUAUCCUGCACUAACAAAUACAUCUGGCCACAAAGUGCAGGAAUACGUGCAUUCAGGAACAACACCUGCUCAGAUUUGACUCACUACAAGGAGCAUACGUGAACAGUCAGUGAUUUUGAAAAACCUUCUGAGACUUUGCAUGUUUCGGCAUAACUAUUUUCGAUAGAGGAGUGCACUCCUCUAGAUGGCACUCGAAGCUAUGUUUUCACUGCUUUUGAGAGGGUAAAUUUUACAUGAACAGGAAAACUUCUUUCUCCUUCCCUUAAGAGACCAAACCUGACAAUGCUGGAUAAGUUGCGUAGUGGAGCAGUUUCUGGGUAAGGUAAGAGAAUGGAAUGUUGGGAUAAGGUUCAACUACGAGGGAAAAAUGGAUGCUUAUUACAGUGACCUUUAUUUUCUUUACUGUCAUCACCUGUAUUGUUUUUUUUUCUCCACAGAUGAAGGAGAGUUUUCCAAUUAAGACAAUUAACUGGAUCUCAGUGGAACUUGAGCUUGGUUUCUUGGUAUCUUCUCUUUGCUUGAUCGCUAUUAAAAUGGUAGAACAUGGUGAAAAUUAUAACUGGGCCUUGAA